GGCCGGGGGCGGGGCUGGCGGGCGCGGGAAGAGCUAGAGGCCUCCGCGCCGCGUCCACGGGGCGGCCGCAGCCCCGCCCCGUCCCGCCCAGCCGCGUCGUGCCGGGCUGUCCCGCAGCGUCCUCUCUGCGCACUCCUCGCCGGGUACACGCGUGUAGGCGCCAGCCGGUGCACCCCGCGCACUAUGGCUCAGCACUUCUCCCUGGCCGCCUGCGACGUGGUCGGCUUCGACCUGGACCACACUCUGUGUCGCUACAACCUGCCCGAGAGCGCCCGGCUCAUUUAUAACAGCUUUGCUCAGUUUCUGGUCAGGGAGAAAGGAUAUGACAAGGAAUUGCUCACUGUGACUCCAGAGGACUGGGAUUUCUGUUGCAAGGGCCUGGCAUUGGAUCUGGAAGAUGGGAACUUCAUUAAACUUGCAGAUAAUGGCACCGUGCUCAGGGCAAGCCAUGGCACCAAGAUGCUCACCCCAGAGGCACUGGAGGAGGAGUACGGCCAGAAGGAGUGGAAGCACUUCCUGUCGGACACUGGCACUGCCUGCCGCUCAGGAAAAUACUAUUUUUAUGAUAACUACUUUGACCUGCCCGGAGCUCUUCUAUGUGCCAGAGUGGUGGACUCCUUAACAAAGCAAAACAGUGGUCAAAAACCAUUUGAUUUUUGGAAGGAUAUAGUUGCUGGUAUACAACAUAACUAUAAAAUGUCAGCUUUUAAGGAGAACUGUGGAAUCUAUUUUCCAGAAAUAAAAAGAGAUCCAGGCAGAUAUUUACACACUUGCCCUGAAUCUGUAAAAAAGUGGCUUCGACAGUUGAAGAAUGCUGGGAAAAUUCUUAUGUUAAUUACCAGCUCUCACAGCGAUUACUGUAGACUCCUCUGCAGAUAUAUCCUUGGGAAUGAUUUUGAAGAUCUUUUUGACAUUGUGAUUACAAAUGCCUUGAAGCCUGGUUUCUUCUCCCAUUUACCAAGUCAGAGGCCCUUUCGGACACUUGAGAAUGAUGAGGAGCAGGAGGCUCUGCCAUCUCUGGAUAAGCCUGGCUGGUACUCCCAGGGGAAUGCUGUCCACCUUUAUGAACUUCUGAAGAAAAUGACUGGCCAACCUGAACCCAAGGUUGUUUACUUUGGUGACAGUAUGCAUUCAGAUAUUUUCCCAGCCUCUCAUUAUAGUAAUUGGGAGACAGUCCUCAUCUUGGAAGAGCUCAGAGGAGACAGAGACGGGAAGCCUGAGGAUGCAGAGCCUCUAGAGAAAAAAGGAAAAUAUGAGGGACCGAAGGCAAAGCCUCUGAAUGCAUUAUCUAAAAAAUGGGGCUCUUUUUUUAUCGAUUCAGUUUCUGGACUGGAAAAUACAAAAGAUUCCUUGGUUUAUACAUGGUCUUGUAAGAGAAUCAGUGCUUACAGCACUAUUGCAAUCCCAAGUAUUGAAACAAUAGCAGAAUUACCCCUGGACUACAAGUUUACAAGGUUCUCUUCAAACAAUUCAAAAACGGCUGGUUAUUAUCCAAACCCUCCAUUGGUAUUAUUAAAUGAUGGGAUGCUGACAGCUAAAUAAAGUAUCUUAACUAAAAACUGAAGAACUAUAUAUGCAGCAAAUAUACUGUAAAAAUGUUAAUUUUCAAAAAAUACUGUAAAAUGCUUUAUAGGGACAAAUUGUAAAGUGACCAAGAAAUUGAUGUUUUUCAAUGGGUCUCCUUUCAAUAGAGAUCAUCUUGAUACCCAACAACUCCCAUUAAUUAAAAUCUCAUUAUCUUAGAACCAAAAAGAAUCUUAUUAAUAUUUCCUAUACCAGUAAUUCUGAGAUGAGAAUUACUUGGGAAUAUAUAGAGAGAUAUAUAUAUACACAUACAUAUUUACACAUUUGCCUAGACCAGUGGUUCUCAGUGUGGUCCCCAAACCCCUAGCACAGCAACACCUGCAAAGUUGAUGGAAACGCAGACUUGUGGGAAUGGACACAGCACCCUGUGUUUUAAUAAUAGUGUAAUUCACACUGAAGGUUAAGAACCACUGGCUAGACCAUAACCUCCAGACAUUGGGGAUACAGAUGAGCAAUGAGUAUUUAUAUUUAUCCCAGGAAAAUGCAGCCAGAAUUAAGAAUAACUCAUCUACACCUGCUGUUUCAAUCUAUAGUCAAGAACACCAAGUCUAGUGAGAUUAUUUUUCCAGAUUAUCAAGUUUUAUGCUAUUUUUGUGGUUUCCAAAACAAGGAAAUAGGAUGUCUUCUAGACCAUACAGCUGUACGGGACAGGGAUGAAUGAAUAUGCCAACAGGUUCAGCCUCCAGUGUUACCCAUUAGGGUUUUUUCCUCCCUGUUAAUGUUAAGUCUGUUUACUUCAUUUUCAUUCACCUUAAGGACAAAAAUUGGUUCUUGGGGUGAAAAAAAAUCUUAAUGCAGCGGGUUGUGGUCCUCCAUAUUUUCAACCCUACUCAGUAAAACCUUAUUCCUUAGUAUUAACUUCUUUCAUUAGGGAGAAAUAUAAUUUACAGUUACAUUUAUUAAUUAAAUUUAAUUUUUCUCAUAGGGCAAGGGGGUGAUAAUGAAAAAAAAAGUUGAGAAAAACUGCUUUUGUGUUCUUAGUGCUAUAUGUAGUUAUUAGUAGCUGUUUGUUAAGAUGUUUGGACCUAGGUAAUGUUUACAACAUAAAUUCCUGGCUACUCCUUAUGCUGUAAUUUUACUUUGUCCAUUAUGGACAGUAUCAGAAAACAUACUGGUCACUACCAUUUUACUUGGAUUGUAGCAGAGAAUUUAGCCUAUUAAUGGAUGCAAUGGAAAGAAAAAUAUUUUGUUAAAUUUUUAAAUGCUCAGUUCUCAAAUAUAUUGUGGGGAUGAGUAUCUCAGGGUAGGUAAACAGUUACUGAAUUUUUUUUUUCCUUAAGUCAGUAACUUUUUUGAUAUCUACUAAUAAAUGUUAAUAUCUUUGAAAUUGAAUUCCAAAAUCUCAUUGGAGUAUGAUAAAGAGCAUACUAUCAAGCUUAAGGCUUAAAUGAAAGAUGCUGUUUCAUGUAUACUUUCAAUAGACAUUUGAUUUCUUUUAAAAAUAAAGUUAUUUUUCCUUA